CAUCAUCCCAAACCAAGCGCGCAGCGGCAGCCUACACAGGCGCAACACAGAGCAUACAGCACACGACGCCCUCGCCACGCCAUCGUCGGCGCGCCGGCGCACGCGUGAACUCAUCUAUCUCCGGUGGGCAGCCCUACCACCGCAAACAAAGCACCCCAUAGAGACAGCAGCUAUCAGCGCGCGGCCGCGGGCAGCCGAACCGCCGCAAAGACCAAUGGACGCCCGCGACAUCUACGCCAAGUUCAGCCGCCCGGGCCAGCUGAGCCCGCCGCCGUCGCCGCCCAAGCGCGUGUCCUUCGUGCGGGACGCGGACAUAGAAAUAUUUCUGGACGGCAGCGAUUCGGAUGAUGCGCCGCCCGGUCGCGUGCCUUUACCGGUCGCGACGCCCCUGAAAAAUGAAGCUGCAGAUGUCGACUCGCCCCUGAAGACGCCGCGGUCGCCCCAAUCGUCGCGGAACGACGCGCUGCGGAGACGCAUCGAACGGGCCAUCGGUUCGCCGCCGCGGACGCCUCAGUCUUCUUUUGGUGAGCGCGACGACGACGUGUCUUCUGUGGCGUCCUCAUCGGUGGCUUCUUCCUUGAUGUCCGACGACGACCACCAGGGUAGUAUGGUGACGGUGGCGGUCUAUGCGCAAGAUGGAUCUACAUUGAAAGUGUUGAGGGUACCUAGAGGUACAAAUAGAGCCCUCUUGGCGAGUUCCGUCGCGCGCCAGGCCGGCGUCUCGCCGUCGCGAUGCCGCGUCGUCGACGCGUCGCCUAAUUCUCAAGCUUCGGAACGGCGCGCCGCCCGUCGACGGCGACGGGAGGCUCGGGCAAAAGCAAAACAGCCGAAGAGUCGCAUGGCGGCGUUCCUGGCGGGCGCUGCCAUCGCGUCCGCCGCCGCUUGUUGCACGUUGGCAGCAUAUCCCUACCUGCACAAGCGGCCGACGGCUUUGGUAAUAAGCAACGAAGACGUCACCGAUUUACGAGCGGAGCUCGAGGCGUUGCGCCGGGACCUUGCCCAGUCGAACGCCGAAGUUCUGCGCCUCGCGAAGCGUGUGAAAGCGCGCCACGCCGGGACCGAUCGAGGUUUAAAAAGCCUCGCGGGCGGGCUCCUGGACGUGGCGUCGCUCGGGGCGCUGCGGCGGGCCGCGGCCGCGCGGGACGCGGCCGCGCGGAAACGGAACCCGGGGGCGUUCACUAAGAAGUUCUAG